UUUCCCCGUCAAUUAGCGGCAAUUAACACCGGCUCGCAGACGGGAUAAAGGCAGGGCCGGGAGCCGCCCCUAGCUGACCUUUCUGCGGGUACCGCCAUGGAGAGCUUCGUCUUUCCCCCCUUCGGCUCUUUCCAGGGCUUCAGGGGCGGCCUGCCGCCCAACCGCGGCGGGGAGUCGACGCCGAAGCAGCCGAGCUGGAAGCAGAGCAAGAGCAGCGGCCUCGGCCCCUUCCCCGUGGGGCCGCCCACCCCGGUGUCGGCCGACUACCUGGACAGCUGCCGCCGGGCGCAGCUCAAGGCGCUGCUGUCGCAGGUGAGCCCGGGGCUGACGCCGCGGCUGCGCCGGGCCAACACCAAGGAGGUGGGCGUGCAGGUGAACCCGCGGGCCGACGCCGCCGUGCAGUGCUCGCUGGGGCCGCGCACGCUGCCCGCCGGCCGCCCUCUCACCGCCGCCGCCCGCGCCCGGGGCCGCCUCGCCCUCUACUCGCCCUUACUGAACUCCCGCCUCUUCACGCUGCCCGAGGCCGCGGCGCAGCAAGAGGAGGAAGCGGCGGCAGCGGCCGCCCCCGAGGAGCAGAAGGCGGAGGGCGGUAGCGACGAGCAGCGGGACGGCCCGGCGGAGGCUGCGGAAGCUGCGGAAGCUGCGGAGGCUGCGGCUCCGAGCGAGGCGCCGCGGGAGCAGAGUGCCACCCCUGGGCGCCGGGCCGCCUUCCAGUUCUUGGAGCAGAAGUACGGCUAUUUCCACUGCAAGGACUGCAAGACCAGAUGGGAGAGUGCUUACGUGUGGUGCAUCUCCGGGAGUAACAAGGUGUACUUCAAGCAGCUCUGCCGCAAAUGCCAGAAGGGCUUCAAUCCCUAUCGGGUGGAGGCAAUCCAGUGCCAGACCUGCUUCAAGACUCGUUGUGCCUGCCCUCAGAAGAAAAGGCACAUUGAUCUCACAAGACCUCAUCGCCAAGAACUCUGUGGCCGUUGCAAAGGCAAGAGGCUGUCCUGUGAUAACACCUACAGCUUCAAGUACAUUGUCUAAUUUGCGUGCCCUCCACCAGUUUGCACUCUGUGCAUUGUCCGUCUUUUGUGAUGUUUUGACCUUAGGCUUUUGACCUGGCAUUGGAUAAUGGAUGAAGACUUCUCUGUUAUUUAUAAAAUAUUUAACUUUAUAUAUAUGCUGUAAUUGAAGUUCAAUAAAAGUUUGCACUGAUUUGUUA